AUGGGAGAGUGCGGUGGACAUCAAGGCGUCACUAAGACCCACAGGAACAUGUCCGAACUGUUGUGGUGGCCACGGUCCAAGGAGUUCGUACAGCACUUCGUCCAAGAGUGCGCCAUCUGUGCCCGCAAUCUUCCCGUGCGCAACCUGCCGCGGACACACGAAGGCACGUUGGAGCAACCGUUCUUCAUGAGUAGAGUAAGCAUGGAUUAUGUGGGCCCUAGAGCAUUCCAAGGGCAGGAAUACUACAUCAUUGUGUGCAUCGUAGCUCGAGUAACGUUGGUGAAGACGGCUGCGGUAACGCGCAACCUGUUUGCAGAAAGUGCAGUAGCAGCGUUGGGGGUACCCUUCGAAGUAUACACGGACGGCGGAACGGAGUUCAAAGGUGACUUCCACGACCACGUGACUUCCGUGCUGAAGGUCAAGCACAUCAACGCCGCACCAUACCUACCUCGACAGAAUGGACUAAACGAAUCGAUUCACCGCACCCUCGAGGCCCACGCUACCCGGGGGGUCAGAAGAGGGAUCUCGCUCCAUGGGAGAAAGGUUCAGCAUGACAAACUUACUCGACGCAACGAGCGCCAUAAAACAUGCCCUGGUGCUCGCCCAGCCACCGACAGCGAAGGCGAAGACUUCGAGCCGGGAGAUGUUGUAGUCGUAAGUACCAUGAUCGAGGCCGAUACCAUAAUCCGUGGUAAGGUCAGAAUGGAGAGAUACCAAGCCAGCUACCCUACGUAG